AUGGACGAUUUGGAGCAUCACAAAGAGAACAUCCGGCCAGUGAAGACGGGCAGAAGUGCCGCGGCGCUAUCAAAGCUUUACGGGGCGUCCGGCUUGUCCUCCAGUUCACAAACCGGCGGUGUCACGAACGACGAGAGCGGAACCAGCCCGCUCUCAGCCUCGCAACUCGAAUCCCAACGCCUUACCCUCGCCGACACCCUCACCUCCUCCAUCCAAGCCGGCCACGCCACCUUCAACCAAUACCACACCUACCUCAAAUUCCUGCAACAAUACUACCCCGCCGGCCACCCCGACUUCUACGACGUCCUCCAAGAAUCCGUCCGGGUCUUCAAACACUCGCCUGAGUACAAGAACGACCCACGGUACCUCUGGAUGUGGACCGAGGUUGCCAACCAAGCAAAGGACGCCGUCGAGGUGUUCAAGUACCUUUCCGUUAACGAGAUCGGGACGGGGUUGUCGACGUUCUAUGAGGCCUAUGCGAGCUUGAUGGUUGAGGCGAGACGGUGGGAUGAGGCGGAGGAGUUGUACAGGGUAGGCAUUGGAAAGGGGGCGGUGCCGGUGGAGAGGUUGAAGAGGAAGUUGGAGGAUUUCAUGAGGAUGCCGAGAAGGGGUGAGGGGCGCGAGGAGGAGGGCGAGGGUGAAGGUGAAGGGGCGGAGGGGCGGGCGCAGGGGGGGUACUAUAAUGAGAACCAGCACCUGCAGACGGCACGGAGACCGGCGUUGGCGCCGUUGGCGGCUGGUCCGAGAAGUAAACCGAGUGCUUCGGGGAUAUCGGCGGGCCCGUCGCAACCGCAGGGGAAUGCGAGGGUGAAGAUGCAGGUUUAUCAAGAUCGCAGUGAGAACGAGAGUCGACGGGCAUUGACGUCUCGUGUGCUGCCGUCUGCGUCCACGGCAGGGCCAUGGGCGGAGUAUGGGACGUCCAGUUCGAGACGGAAGGAGAACGUGAGGGAAGCAACGAAAUGGACGGGAAGUACGUUACCGCAGAGUGGGGCAGGCGGUGGACGGGCGGCUUUGGCUCCGCAACCGCGGUCGAGGAUUGAGGUGUAUCAGGACGAGGUGAGGAAACAAUGCACAUUUCGAUUUGAGGUUGAGUAUUUGUAUCUUGGGAUUGAAGCUGAGUUUUUGUUGACUGCUUCACAGCCAUCUGGGUCAGACCUCACCGUCCCCGGUGUAUCGGAUAAUGUCCUGCGUGAGAAGGACAUCAAAGCCGCCGCAGAACCCAGCACAUCCACCAUGCUAGCCGAAAUCGACCGACCGUCGCCUCCGACUGCACCGCCCGCCACUGAGCCUGCAUCUCGACCAGCACAACCUAAACCGGCAAAAACUCAAUCCUCAUCGAAUGGAUCGAAACCAUCCCGCCCGGAAAAGAUGAUGGUCAAAAUGGACCUGUUUUACGACGAGGCCGGCAACGUGUGGUCGUUUGAAGAGGUCCGUGCUGCUCAUAUGCUGCGAAAAGAGGAGGAGCAGCCACCUACACCUGCGCAGAUCCGCGCCGCAGCGGAUGACUCGGAGCCGAAAUUCCACCAAAAAGCAAAAGCCGUCGCGUCCCCAACCAUCAACACCAAAGCCGCCCUCGCAGACGUUUUCGAGAUGUUCAACCAGCCUUUACAGUGCGAGUCCCAGCCACCAUCGGCUGCUGGGAGUCGCGAGGAGGAGCGCGAUGAUGGACAGGGCGGGCUUUAUGUCGAAGAGGACGAGACGAUCAGCGCCAAAGUGUUCAAACGCGAUACGAAUUUGGAUAUUGGCGUCUCAUCCACCAAACCCAGCAGCAUCCUUCAAGUCACAGACCCAGCCCUCCACUCCACCCCCUACCACCGCCGCGCCUCCGCCGGCGAAGACGACUACGAGCAGCCCUUAGCCGACCAAGAUCAGGACGACGCCCACCACUCCCACCACCCGCGCUUCCAAGGCCGCCUGGGCCCGCUCGCCAUCAUGACCCCCAUCACCGAAGCCUCGCACGAGUCCUCUCGGGCUAUGACGGGUCUCAGCACCAUCGGCCGGCGCCCCGGGCUGAUGGACGACGGCCACACGGUGAUGACAAUGAACACGUUCGGCGAACGUACGCUGAGCAGUAUUAGUUAUGAGGGGAGCGGGAAUGGAUCACGCACGAAGAUCAACAUCGCCAACCCAUGCAACCCCUACACCGAGCCCGUCAAAUCCCAAAUCCUCUCCCGCUUCGACACCGCCUCGAUCCCCUCCCUGCACUCACAUCCAUCCACAUCGCUCAACCUAACCACAACCAUCGAAAAAUCUUUGAAGAAAGCCGAACGAAGCACCAGCAAAGCCCGCGGACGCGACUCGGUUGCUGCAACGGAUACCCUGGUUUCGCUACCUGGUGCCAAGCCGCUCAAAUUGGUGCGGAAGCUGGGCGAGGGCGGGUUUGGGAAAGUGUAUUUGGUCGAGACGCCGUUGGAUGAGGAUGACGCGGAUAUGUCCGAUGAGGACGAUGAGGAUGAUGGGGAUGAUGAGAAAGUGGGGAGGAAACAGGUUGUGGAGACGUCGUGGGCGUUGAAGGUGCUGUCGACGCCGAAUCCGUGGGAACAUCUCCUGUUGUUGACAUUGCACGCAAGACUACCGCUCCGAAUCACAUCCUCCAUCAUCCGCCCGCACGCCUGCCAUGUCUUCCAAGGCGAGACCUGCAUGCUCCUCGCGAACGGCAAACACGGCACGUUAUUGAACUGCGUCAACGUGGCGGGGAAAUACGGGUACGGGAGCGGGCUCGGCGGGACUGGGGGUGGUGGGAUAGGCGGCGCAGCGGGCGGUGAUGCCGGGGUGGAGGAAGCACUCGCGGCGUUCUGGGCGAUUGAGAUUUUGAGGACGUUGGAAGGCGUGCAUGCUGCUGGGGUCGUGCAUCGGGAUGUGAAGGUGGAUAAUUUUUUGGUGCGGUUGGAUGAUUCGGCCGCAGGGGGCAAGAAGGGGGAUGAGGAGUGGGAUGGGGUUUAUCAGCCUGAUGGAGCGAGAGGGUGGGCUAAGCGUGGGGUGACGUUAAUUGAUUGGGGCACGGGGAUUGACGUGAGGAUGUUUGCGGGCGAGCAGAAGUUUACUGCUGCUGCGGAGAUUUGCUGGGAGCUUCGGAACGGCGUGCCGUGGACGUUUGAGCCGGAUUGGUAUGGCGCGGCGGGCGUGAUUCAUGUGUUGUUGUUUGGGCGAUAUAUGCAAGUCGUUGAGGACGCGUCGGCUUGUGAUACCAACAACUCCAGCACACAUCCGCGCCGACCGCAUAUCCGCCUCGCGGCCUCGUUCAAACGAUACUGGCAGGUCGACCUGUGGAAACGGCUGUUUGACGCGCUUUUGAACGCUGACUACGACACCCUGCACAAAUCGUUCCCGCACGUACAUACGAUCCGCGCCGCGAGGGUCGGGAUGGAGGAGUGGUUGGCGAGGUCGUCGACGCGGGUGGGGAAGAAUUUGAGGGGGCUGUUGAAGAGGGUUGGGACGGCGACGGUUGAGGAGGGAAGGAGGAGUGGUGGGGGGAGGAUGUAG